AUGAGCGCUACAUGUACCCAAGGCUGGAUGAAGAAGACGGCGUAUAUUUUCAAUGUCUACCUCAAUGACCACAACCAGUGGGACUGGAAGGGUGUGUCCACUGUCGACUUUUGGAUUCCUGUUCGAAGCAGAUGGACAAGUUACGCCGAGUUUGAGGACUUCUUUCAUUCUGCCGAACCAACCUUCAAGAAGGGGUCGCACUACCGAAUCUCAGCGCUUCCUGAACCCCUGGUGGGCUGCGAGCCUCUCUUGGCUUGCUGCCAGGUGCUGCCAUUGACCUUUGUCAAGGCUAAGAGAUGGUACAUUUACGAGCAGCCUCCUGCAAACAACUCCAAUGAGACAAUUCACCAUUCGACUCACAUCAAGUCUCUGGAAACAGCAGUGGAUCAGCUCACGAACCUGACCAAUCUGCUUCUGAAGCUCCAAUCUCCUUCCGGGAGAACACCACAAGUCUCGCACCCUGAAACAGAGAUUUGUGACAACACGAAUGAAACAGCAGACCACAUUGAAAUCUCUGAAUUCUCUGAACUCCAGGUGUGCAGGUCUCCACCUCACGUCACCACUCCACAGCACAUCGAAGAUGACAUUGUUACAGAGGACACUACAGAGCACACACAUGUCAAUGCAACAACCACAAUGUCCCCAGAGCCCCUGACUCUCUCGAAUAUUUACCAAUCCUCUGAAGACAUUCUUUCUGAGCGACCCUGUACCGUUUCACCCUUAUCUCCCGUCUCUUUCGACUCUGAGUCUUCCGAGUGGCUGUAUCUUUCUGGUGAGGACUAA